AUGAGUUUGGAAGGGGCGAGUGUGUCCACCUCCUUAGAUGUGCUGCGCGACCCGUUCGUGCGGGAACUCAUCGCGGAGAACGAGGCGAUGUUGCACGAGAUCACUUGUCAGCGCCACGCUGCACUUGACGAGAUGCAACAUGCGGAGAAAAUGGCCCGCUUGCAGUGGACAGCAGAGGAAGCACAAACACGGACGGAUAUGUGUAGUCAGAUGUCUUGCGAAUUACUCCGUGCCUACCGCGAGGUGAUGGAAGAGUUGGAGUUGCUGCGUGAACAGAACUCGGCGCUGCAGGGCGUCAUGCUCACCGUCCAGCAGGAACUCGGCUCCCACGAGACAUCAUCACCGGCACUUUCACUCGUAGAGGAGUUGACACCAGCCCGUGUUAUCACAGCAGCAAACAUUGGCAGCAAACUACACGCGAACUACACCACACCAAUUGCAGCAGCCGCACUACCGCGUGUUUCAUUAGGCCAAACACGAAAGCGUGGUCGUGCCAGUGGGGAUGGAUGGCUCUUCACAACUGCGGACCAGGAUGUAGAGAGUCAAGUGAGUCGACAAUCCUCAUGA